AUGAAUGAGUUCUUUUCGUCUUGGAACACAGAAACCUGGUUGAUUAUAGCCAAUGUCUGUGGUUUGGAUUCAGGUGGAGUGCUUGUGGCCUUUGUGCUAAACGAACGUCCAGAAAUAUCAGACACGGAAACAUCCAUCGACUCGUCCUGGAUCCGCCGUUUCUUCGGGGCUGGAAGAUACUUUGUGGUGAGGUUCUUGUUCUCAGAAGUGAGAAACUCGUUAUCUUCCUUAACCUUGUUGACGUCUUCUGCCAACUCAGUGAUUCGUUUGUUUCGUUCCUCUAGCAAUGAAGCAUAA